CUCUCUCUCUCUCUCUCUCUCUCUCUCUCCAGACAGAUGAGGAGGAGGCAUUGCGUCGACGCGAUGGGAAACAGUUCCAUGAAGUCCAGGUGUUUCAAACCAACUCAAAGCUCCCUCUCCUCCGUCCAGGAGGAGCAGGCACCGCAGGAGGUCCUGCAGGAGGUCCAUGAAGUGCUGAGGAGGCGGGUGGAGGAGAUGGAGAAGGAAAACUGCAAGAAGGAGGAGGAGCUGGGUGCCAAAAGUCAACACAUCGCAUCACUCCUGGAGCAGCUGGCCAAUCAGACUCAAGCUCUGGCCGAACUCAGAGAAGAGCUGCAGAGCAAGAGCCUCCAGAUCGCUAAGCUCCAGGAGCUGAUUCCCCCCCAAGGAGACUCUGGGGACCCCAGCCCAGGGACCCCGGGCUCUAGGACCUCUCGGGGCUCCUCUCUCAGAGCCAAAAACAGCAGGCGCUCCAAGGACACCGUCAACCGGCGCAGAGGAGCCAAGGCAGGGGUGUCAGCAGAGCCCACCUCCAGGACCUACGACUCCAGCAGCCUCCCAAAGUUCUCCUUUGAGGAGGCCCGUGUGCCCAAGGACGCCAGUGUGAAGAAGCUCCUGAUAGAAGCUCUGAAUAAGAAUGAGUACCUGAAAAGGCUGGAGGUGCAGCAGAUCAGAGACAUGGUGGAGUGCAUGUACCAGAGGAGCUUCCAGCAGGGCGAGUUCGUCCUCCAGCAGGGGCAGCCUGGACAUCACCUGUUUGUCCUGGCAGAUGGAAGGCUGGAUGUGGUUCAACACAGCAAACUGCUCACGUCAAUAGCUGGGUGGACCACCUUUGGUGAAUUAGCUAUACUGUACAACUGCACCAGGACUGCUUCUGUCAUAGCGAUGAGCAGCACGUUGACUUGGGCGCUGGACCGCGAGGUGUUUCAGAACAUCAUGAGAAGAACAGCUGAGACCCGACACCAACAGUACCGCAACUUCCUGCGGAGCGUUUCCCUAUUGGCUAAUCUGCCUGAAGACAUGCUCAGCAAGAUUGUGGACUGUCUUGAAGUGGAAUACUAUGACAAAGGAGAGUAUGUCAUCAGGGAAGGAGAGGAGGGAAGCACGUUCUACAUCAUCGCUCAGGGAAAGGUGAAGGUGACCCAGAGCACCCAGAUCCACAAGGAACCUCAGGUCAUCAACCUGCUGCAGAAAGGAGAUUACUUUGGGGAGAAAGCCCUCAUCAGUGAUGACGUCAGAUCGGCUAACAUCAUCGCAGAGGACAACGGCUUGGAGUGUCUCGUGAUCGACCGCGAAACGUUCAACCAGACCGUGGGAACAUUUAAUGAGUUGCAGAAGUACCUCCAGGGAUACGUGGCCACACUCGACCGCGAUGAUAAGAAGAGACAUGCCAAGCGCUCAGUGUCACGCCACCUGAGCAGGUCCAUCUCUCCUGACGCCAUCCAGCUGGAGGAGAAGCUGACCUCCUUCUCCUCCACGGCUCCAUUCGACCACCUGGAGGUCAUCACCACACUCGGUGUAGGAGGUUUCGGACGUGUAGAACUGGUAAGGAUCAAGGGAGAGGACAUGACCUUUGCCCUCAAGGUCAUGAAGAAACAACAUAUUGUGGACAACCGACAAGAGGAGCACAUUCACUCAGAGAGACGGAUCCUGGCAGAGUCUCGCUCCCCCUUCAUCGUUAAGCUGUACCGAACGUUCAAGGAUAACAAGUAUGUUUACAUGCUGCUGGAGGCCUGCCUCGGAGGGGAGAUAUGGAGCCUCCUUAGAGAUAGAGGGAGUUUCGACGAGACAACGGCAAAGUUCUGCGUGGGUUGCGUGACCGAGGCCUUCCAUUAUCUCCACCGCUCCGGGGUUAUCUACCGCGACCUGAAGCCUGAGAACCUGAUGCUGGACGCUGAAGGAUACGUCAAACUGGUGGACUUUGGCUUUGCCAAGAAGAUCAAGUCUGGCCAGAGAACGUGGACCUUCUGUGGGACGCCGGAGUACGUGGCUCCAGAGGUCAUCCUCAACAAAGGCCACAGCUUCAGCGUGGACUUCUGGUCCCUGGGCAUCCUGGUGUUUGAGCUCCUGAUUGGAAGUCCACCCUUCUCUGGCAGUGACCAGAUGAUGACAUACACCCUCAUCCUCAAAGGCGUCGAGAAGAUGGACUUCCCCAAGAAGAUCUCCAAGAGACCAGAGGAUCUCAUCAGAAAGCUCUGCAGGAACCCUGUGGAGCGCCUUGGCAACCUAAAGAAUGGUAUCAUUGAUAUCAAGAAGCACAGGUGGUUCACUGGUUUCAACUGGGAAGGGCUAAAGGGAAGAACAUUACCUUCUCCACUCAGACGAGAACUGUGUGGCCUGAGCGACCACAGCUACUUCGACAGCUACCCUCCCGACGACAGCAUCGCUGCAGAUGAACUGUCGGGUUGGGAUGCCGACUUCUGAACACCGUUUCGCACCAAGAGUGUGAAGGCAUGUUGUCCAUGAGCACAUCCCCAUAAUAGGAUGAGCUUAAGUGGAUCGUAGAGCGGAUUACGUUUUCUGUAUGGAUUCUAUUUAUUCCACCUCCGUCUACCAUUUGCUUUUGAGCUGAAGUUUUCAAUUGACCUGUCGCUAAGUCACGCCCCCCGUCGUUACCAUGACGAACUCGGACAAACAAACCAGACUAGAUAACAAAAACAUAUGGAAAAAUGUCAGCUGACAGUAUAUCAAAGUAGGUUUUAGAUUUAAUUUCUUCCAGGAGCAAUCAAAAGGGACUACAUUACGCUAUGGAGAGGAAUAUUCAAAACUUAAAAAUAUAUCCAGACGGUGACAAGCUUAAAUUCAGUUGGUAUUCUGGCCUGCCACACAGUCUGAUCCACAUUACACACUUUUUCUUGUCCUGUUGUGGCUUGGGAAAAGGGAUGAAACAUACCCCAUGUUUCAGCCUCUCGGGAUACCGACUGUCCGUGUUAUAUGUAUCCCAAGCAAAUUGUUUGAUCAUGUUUAUUUUUCUUUACACUAACAACAUAAAUCCACCAUUAAAUUGUUAUAUUAUGCCUC